AUGAGCCUGGGCUGUGAGAGACCAGAAUUUUGCCCAGUCUGCUUCUGGUCUCUCGGGCAGGCAGAUGUGGAGAGUAACACAGCCGCUGGAAGGAAAGCUCGCCCUGGAAGCGAAGGCUGUGACCCCCUCUGCUGCUCACGCCGUGGGGCCUGCCUCUCUGUCUCCCUGCUACUCCUGCUGGCCAUGCUUGCCGCCUUGCUUGUUCUGGCCACCGUCUUUGGACAUCCAUCCCGCACACCAGAGACUCACUCCUGUGUGACACUGGCCAACAGGACGGGGUUCUUGUGCCAUGACCGAAGGCACUGCAUCCCAGCCCAUGCGGUGUGUGACAGCAUCCGCACCUGUCCUCACGGUGAGGAUGAGGCUGAGAGCUUGUGUCGAGAUGUGCCCCAGAGCCUCCCCAGCUUCCUCCUGACCACCUGUGGAGACCCAGACUCCUGGAUCUACUCAGACCAGAAAUGUGAUGGUACCAACAACUGUGGGGACUGCUCAGAUGAGCUGAGCCCAGUGACUGCGUGCCCACCCUGUGGCCCCGGGUGGUGGCGCUGCACGCCAACUGUGUUCAAGUACUGCAGCUGUGUCCCAAGGGUUCUGUGCCGGGACGGAAUGCAGCACUGCUCUGACUGGUCAGAUGAGUACUCCUGUCCUGGACCUUGAGUGAGCCUCCCUCCAUCCACACCAUAAGAGUUGGCACCCGGAACCUUUCACCAGAGCAUCAAACCCUAGACCACAACGGCAGGAAGAAAUCUUUGCCAUCUACCAGUGACACCCGGCCCCCAUUGUCUUUGAACAGGAAUUGUCUUUCCUCCUUUCGAGUGUCUCACUUGGGCACAUCCAAUGACAAGGAGCUCACAACCAUGUUAGGUAGAUUCUAACAAAGAUGAGGUGUCUGCCUCCGUCCCUUUAGGCCUGUCAAUGGGACCACAUAGAAGAGACACGCUCCUUGGCUCCAGAACAGGCCUGAAGUUCCAAUCUUGUCAUCCCUUGAAAAGAUAGAUAAAAUUGUGUCUUAAAUGCCAAGUGAGUUUAGCCCUGUGGGUAGAAGACAAAGCACACACAUUUACCGUCAUUUGGUGCCUAAGGCAGAAGCUGCUGCGCUCAAGGCCUCAGUGGCUUGUUAGUUACCCAACUCACCAGCAGCCCGACUGAUCACAUGAGGUUGCAUGUAGCACUUGGGACCUGGUACCUACUAGUUUCCCAAUCUCCAGGAGGCUGUGGCUCCAGACCCAGAGAAAGUGCAGCUUAGAAGAACCCCUCGAUGCCUUUAGCCUUCACCCCACAACUGCCUACAGGUUUAUAUUCAGGUCCUGAAGCCAGAACGAGCCAUUUCCCUGCAUACCUUCUAGCUCCAUAACACGCAGGCAGGCAAGGAUGGGUAUGUUCAUUAGACAGAUGAAGAGACUCAGGCCCAAGGGAUGACUUGCCCAGGAUGGACCUGGAACUGGGACUCAAAGUCAGUCUGUGGAACUCUGACUUCAGGGCCUCCCCCAUUAUUAAAGAAUAGAGCCACACCUUGGCUGGGGGGGGGAUCUGUGAGGAGGGGUAUUAAAGACGUAGC